AUGGUGACAUCCCCGGCCAUCCUCUGCCUCGUCGCCUGGCUCCUGCCCCCCGCCGCCGGGCACCUCUGGGCAUGGAUGUUCUCCCUGCCCCAGCACCCGCCGGAUGCGGCCGCCCUGGGCAGAAACCCCGGCCCAGGGAGCAACAUGGAGGAGGUGACCCAGUGCAGCCCGGCCGCCCCCUGUGCCCAGGGCCACUUCUGUGACGAGCACUUCGGGCUGUGCCUGCCCGCCCGCCCCGCGGGGCAAUUCUGCCGCCGCGACCCCCACUGCGCCCACGGCCUCCUCUGCAUGUUCGGCAAGUGCCAGCAGCCCGUGCCCCCCGGGCAGGAGGGAGCCCGGUGCCAGCGGGACGAGGACUGUGGGGCGGGCGGCUGCUGUGCCCGGCAGCACGGGGAGUUCGUGUGCCAGCGGCGCCUGGCGCUGGCCCAGAGCUGCCACGUGCCCCCCGGGGGUCUCGCCUUCAGCAUCAACCAAGUGUGCCCCUGCCAGGCCGGCCUGGUCUGCCGGCCCAGCCCACCCGGGAGACAGAAGGCGUUCGAGUACCAGCUGGAGAAGAUGGAGUGGAGGUGCCGGCAGCCCUGAGCUCCAACUCCAUAUUUAUUCCCUGUAAAUAGCGUGUCCACGGCGUGUCCAGACCCGGCCUAGUGCCGAUAAACCCGGCCCAGCACCGUGCUGAGCCCAAUGGCUGCCGGUGCCCUGGCAGAGGGGGGGCCAGAGCCCCCUGACCCCCACAUUGGGUCUGUGCCCCUUGCCCGGAGCUGGGCAGGUCCCAGCUCCAUCCCAGCCUCACACCCUCCCCAGGCAGGUCCCAGCUCCAUC